CAUUGGGUUCAACUUUGAGAAAGAUACGGAGACUGCUGCCAUCUGCUGCACGACCUUAUUACGUCAUUUCGCCCCAACAAAUCGUCGAUCCCCUCCCGACUAUGUUAAUACUUGAAGCAUAUAACAGACUGCAUGUUCUCUAUAAAUCAGCUUUUGAACAAGCAGAAUUUGACGAGGCAUGAUAUAACAUGGCGAACGAAACGAUCGACCCCAUUGCCUGCAUUCGUCUCGGGUACAAAACGGAUGAGAUCUCCUGUUGCUACGCUAGCAACCAGACCACCGACGUCUGCAACCGCUUCUUCGGACAAGAGUCGAUUCUUCAGGCUGGCUGUCAAAGUGGGGACUGCAUUGCGGAUUGCCAAAGCAAAGAGCUUGUGUAUACAUCGUUCCUCCAAGAUAACCUAACUGGCAAUGGCAAGGGUCCUAUCCGAAGAUACAUGGCAUGUGCAAACGUGCCCUCGAUCGCCACAUAUCAGAGGAUGGGGCUACUGACUCCAGCAAAUGCUGCCGCAUCCAGGCAGUUCAUUGCGCAGAACGCAAGUGAUGAGAGUCUGCGGAACAUCACGAGCACGGUUACAGACUGUCUUUCGUCGACCUGCAGGGCGUCAAGGAGACGUAGGCUGUGCUAUGACGACUACUGUUCACCAAUGCAACUCCUUGCGAAGAAUUCUUCGCCCAACCUCACUGCUAUCCAUCGAUGUUUGAAUAGACUCUGUUACAGCAACUAUGCCGCGCUCCCUUACGCCGAUGUCGAUGUUAUAGGUAUUGGGGUUUUCUCCUCUUAUAUUCUUCAAUGCCUGUUGAUCCUUAUGCUCUGGGCCGGUUUGGUCGUCUCAGGCAUAUACAAGAAUAGCAAGCGUCGGAGACAUGCAGCAAAUGCAUCCGUCAAGUUGCCGUCCAGGAGGCACCAUCGGUCUUGGAUGGACCUGCUGCUCCAAUUCCACAUAACCCAAUGCUAUUUUAGCGGAACGCUGAUGAUUGCAUCGCUGUCGUACGGCAUCUACGAAACCAGCAUGCUUGUUGUCUUCAUGUUCAUUCCAGUGGCAACGAACGGGAUACUGCCGGUAGUAUUCGCUUACUUGUUGCUUGUCUACUACUGGAAGUCAUCCACAGGCAUCACUCUUCUUACCAUCGCCGUUUAUAUACUGUCCUCCGCUGUCUAUUGGAGCCUUUAUGCGCAAAUCAUCAGCCUAGCGGACAUCUCACGCCAGGAUAUCUAUCAGCAGUUCAUGUUCAAGCUUUCGGCGAUCCCAGCAUGCGGUGGGUAUUCGGCGCUCGCCGUUUGCCCACAUAUCUCCUUGCUCGGCUUCAAGGAAGUCAAGCUUGCUUCGGAUAAAUUGAUUGUACUGACACCGUUCAUUUGGACUUUCUCCACCGCAGUGCUCGUUACUCUCCUUGGCUUCCAACUCUACCAAUGGAAUGCGGAGAGGAAGAGCACAGAGGCUACUUCAAAGCAAGUCGAUGAUGCGGAGCCAAUGGUUGAUGCUCGAGGGUUCGAAAGACCACGAGUCAUCCGCAUGGCCUUCUGGGCUACAACGCUAGGAAUGAUUGUGGGAAUGGCAGCGCAGCUCUCGCUCCUUGGGAUUGGGACAUCCCUCAACAUGAUGAAUCUCUCCGACUGGAGUUUUGGACAGAUUGUGGCGGUGACCAUCUGGGUCCCACCGUUGCUUGAUUACUUCUAUGGUGAAUUGAAGGGAGUAGUCAAUAGGAUGGUAGGCAAAGGUGAUGUGUCGAUGACUGAGCAAGAGCUCAUCAGACUUAAUACGGCCAAUGUCCACGCCCGUGAGUCUGAAGACGGUGAAGAGAAUCAUGGGAGGAGCUCGGAGGUGGCGACAUAGUUGGAACGGGCGGAGCUUGCGAAACAGACGUGCAUUAAACCCGCUUCGACAACUAAAGAGCCUCGCUCCUCAUAUUCCAUAGCCUGAACGUCUU